CAAACCUAUUUGACAUAGAAGGCCAUCCGAAGUUUCACAGCAAUUCGUCGUGAACGGGCAGUCAGAUAGACGAAGAAGAACAAUAAUCUUCCCUUAACGGGAAGUUACCGCCUACGGAUAAAUUCUAGCCACUUUUCCUCAACAUCAUUUCCAUCCUGUAAAACCCAUAUCACACAUCAGCAGUGCAGAACGACCACGAUGGCACAUAUAUCCACCACCGAAAAGCCGCAGAUGCAGCAAAUCGAUCUCAACACGCUAAAUCUGCAGCAAUUGACUCAGCUGAAAAAUCAACUAGAUCAGGAAUUAUCAAUCUUUCAAGAAUCGCUGAACAACAUCAAGAUGGCAAGAUCGAAAUACUCUGCUUCGAAGGAAGCUUUGGAACAGUUCAAAGAGGAUUGGAACGAUAAGCAAAUUCUAGUACCAUUGACGGGGAGCAUGUACGUGCCCGGCACGAUUAAGGAUGCUAAUAAUGUCAUCAUUGAAAUCGGUACCGGUUACUACGUAGAGAAUGAUCUCGAAAGCGCGAAGGCCUUCUUCAAACGGCGUGUCGAAUACGUUCAGGAGCAGCUAGAAAAGAUCGAAACGAUUGGCAUCGAAAAGUCCAAAAUCCGUGAUACCAUUCGCGAGGUAAUGGAGAAGAAACUGGCCGUGUUUAGCAAAGAGCUGCAAAAGAAGCGCGAUGGCGAAUAGUCAGUGUCGACGAGACCCGUUCGUUAGAUUAACAUCGUGAAGUUCAGCUGUCCGUGUCUUGCAAAGGGACUUGGAAAUCAUAAAGCAUAACCGAUCAACCGCUAAUCAUGUAAGCAAACCAAAGCCCGAUGGUUUAUUUUUUCUUGGUAUUUUCUGGUUCAUAUUCUUUCGUCGGGUAUUUUCAUUCUGUAAACUUUACACCGCGCCUUAGUUAAGCGUUGGAACCCGACGCUGCAUUUACGCAAUAAUAAAUUAACCAAACGAAACGAAACGAAAACCGUA